GCCCACGCAGUGCACCAUGCUGUACUCGCGCCAGGGGACCACGGAAACCAUAGCGGAGGUGGAGGCCGAGCAGGAUGACGAGGCGGUGGCCAAAGACGCCGAUCAGGGAGGGGAGGAGGCCGCGGACUUGGGGCCGGAGGAGGCCUCGGAGGCCUCGGAGGCCGGCCUCACCCCAGAUGCCGAGCUGCCGCACUACUCCACCGAGGAUGGGGACGUGGAGGCGCCUCCCUCCUACAGCAAGGCGGUCAGCUUCGAGCGCCUGUCCUUCGGCUCGCGGGACGACUCUGCAGGCCAGAGCCACAUGGCCGUGAGCCCUGACGAGAGCCGCUCAGACAGGCUCGAGUCCAGCAUCUUACCGCCCCUGACUCACGAGCUGACGGCCAGCGAGCUGCUGCUGAAUAAGAUGUUCCAUGAUGACGAGCUGGAAGAGUCCGAAAAAUUCUACGUUGGCCAACCCCGGUUCUUGCUGUUGUUCUAUGCCAUGUACAACACUCUGGUGGCCCGCUCAGAAAUGGUGUGUUAUUUUGUGAUCAUCCUCAACCACAUGGUCUCUGCCUCCAUGAUCACCCUUGUGCUUCCCAUUCUGAUCUUCCUCUGGGCCAUGCUGUCUGUGCCCAGGCCCAGUAGACGAUUCUGGAUGAUGGCCAUUGUCUACACAGAGGUGGCAAUUGUGGUCAAGUAUUUCUUCCAAUUUGGCUUCUUUCCCUGGAACAAGAACGUGGAACUGAACAAAGAUAAACCUUUCCACCCACCGAAUAUCAUAGGAGUGGAGAAGAAAGAAGGCUAUGUCCUUUAUGAUCUCAUUCAGCUCUUGGCUCUUUUCUUCCAUCGGUCCAUUUUGAAGUGCCACGGCUUAUGGGAUGAAGAUGACAUCACCGACAGUGGCACAGACAAGGAAGAGUCGGAUGAUGAGCUGUCCCUCAGUCGUGGCAGGAGAGCCUCCUCUGAUUCUCUGAAAUCCAUCAACCUGGCCGCGUCAGCGGAGUCGGUGCACGUGUCCUUCCCGGAGCAGCCCACGGCCAUCCGGAGGAAGCGAUCGGGCAGUAGCUCCCAGAUAUCGCCCAGAUCCAGCUUUUCUUCCAAUAGGUCCAAAAGAGGCAGCACAAGCACCCGAAACAGCAGUCAAAAAGGAAGCAGUGUUUUGAGCAUCAAGCAGAAAAGUAAAAGGGAACUUUAUAUGGAAAAGCUUCAAGAACAUUUAAUCAAAGCAAAAGCAUUUACCAUAAAGAAGACUUUGCAAAUAUAUGUGCCCAUCAGACAGUUCUUCUACAACCUCAUCCAUCCAGACUACAGUGCUGUGACCGAUGUGUAUGUGCUCAUGUUCCUGGCUGACACUGUUGACUUUGUCAUCAUCGUCUUUGGCUUCUGGGCCUUUGGGAAACACUCAGCAGCAGCAGACAUCACCUCUUCGCUGUCAGAGGACCAGGUCCCUGGGCCUUUUUUGGUGAUGGUCCUAAUUCAGUUUGGAACCAUGGUCGUGGACCGAGCACUAUACCUCAGGAAGACCGUCCUGGGAAAGGUCAUUUUCCAGGUCAUUCUUGUGUUUGGAAUUCACUUCUGGAUGUUCUUCAUCUUGCCUGGUGUGACUGAGAGGAAAUUCAGCCAGAACCUGGUUGCUCAGCUUUGGUACUUUGUGAAAUGUGUUUACUUUGGGUUGUCUGCCUACCAAAUCCGUUGUGGCUACCCAACGCGAGUCCUUGGAAACUUCCUCACCAAGAGCUACAAUUAUGUCAACCUCUUCUUGUUUCAAGGGUUCCGCCUCGUUCCCUUUCUGACUGAGCUGAGGGCUGUGAUGGACUGGGUGUGGACAGACACGACCUUGAGCCUCUCCAGCUGGAUCUGUGUGGAGGACAUCUACGCUCACAUAUUCAUCCUGAAGUGUUGGCGGGAGUCUGAAAAAAGAUACCCGCAGCCCCGGGGGCAGAAGAAGAAGAAAGUGGUGAAGUAUGGCAUGGGAGGCAUGAUCAUCGUUCUGCUCAUCUGCAUCGUCUGGUUUCCCCUUCUCUUCAUGUCCUUGAUCAAAUCUGUGGCGGGGGUCAUCAACCAGCCCCUGGACGUCUCGGUCACAAUCACCCUGGGAGGGUACCAGCCUAUUUUCACAAUGAGUGCACAGCAAAGCCAGUUGAAAGUUAUGGAUCAGCCCAAGUUUAAUAAAUUUAUGAAAGCUUUUUCUAGGGACACUGGUGCUAUGCAAUUUCUGGAAAAUUAUGAAAAAGAAGACAUAACUGUAGCAGAACUGGAAGGAAACUCAAAUUCUUUGUGGACCAUCAGCCCUCCCAGUAAGCAGAAAAUGAUAAGCGAACUCAUGGACCCCAAUAGUAGCUUCUCUGUUGUUUUUUCAUGGAGUAUUCAGAGAAACAUGAGUUUGGGUGCAAAGGCAGAAAUUGCAACCGAUAAGCUUUCUUUUCCUCUUAAAAAUACCACACGAGAACAUAUAGCUAAAAUGAUAGCCGGCAACAACACGGAAAGUUCAAGAACACCGGUGACUAUAGAAAAGAUCUACCCAUAUUACGUGAAAGCACCUAGUGAUUCGAAUUCGAAACCUAUAAAGCAACUUUUGUCUGAAAAUAACUUCAUGAAUAUCACCAUCAUUUUGUCCAGAGACAAUACAACUAAAUCUAACAGUGAGUGGUGGGUUCUCAACCUGACUGGAAACAGAAUAUACAAUCAGCACGCUCAGGCCUUGGAACUGGUGGUCUUCAAUGACAAAGUCAGCCCGCCCAGUCUGGGGUUCCUGGCUGGCUAUGGUAUCAUGGGAUUGUAUGCUUCGGUUGUCCUUGUGAUUGGGAAAGUUUGUCCGUGA